AUGCUGUCGCUUCCCCUCAUCACACCGCGCCCGGAUGCUAGCCUCUGGCCCUCGCACCGAUUGAGCAACACCUCCUUCGACGCCCCUUCCGCCGACUCGCAGAACCCCUCGUCCAGCAAUGGCCACCGCCGGCCGAACUCACGCCAUGGACACCACUCUUCCUCCUCCCGCUCAGCCCUCGCUGCCCUAGCUGCGGAUGAGAAUGUCAUCUACCAGCGCAAACAGAAUGUUCGGCGCUUCGGCGCAGGCUGGAUUCGUCCUCCCGGUGUCGCGAAGACCUAUCAAGCUACUAUGGACGAAGCAGCUGAGCGCGAAGAGCAGGAGAUAUUGGCAAGGCGUGAACAGGUUCUGCUAGAUCUUGCAGCUGCUCAGACAGAGACAGCCAACCAACAGCAGGCGGCAGAAGGCGCGGACGAAGAGAUGGCGGAACCUGAGAGAGAUCUUGAUGAUGAGGUACCUGAGGCAGAGGCGGAUGAGAGCGACGUCUCUGUCACCGAAGAUGACGUGAGCGGGGUCGAUGAAGGAGACAACGGCCAUCAAGGCCAAGCAGCCGAUAUCACAUUCAACGAGGACAGUUUCAUUGAGGGGAGCAUGGUUGCUGGCGAGGUCGAACGCAUGCUCGAAAUGGAGGAAGCAGAGAUGACUGGAGUCUUGCAGGAGGAACGUGAUCUUGACGACGACAUCCCUGAGGCCGGAAGCUACGAACACACCGAAACGGAUCUUGAAGACUCAAGCUCAGAGGAAGAUGCGAGCCGAGGGCCAGCACCGAGCACAGGAAGACGAAGCUCCGGAAGGCAGAGUUCAGGCCGAUCAAGUUUUGGCAUAAGAGGCGGAAGAAGGAACAGGAGCAGCAUCGAGAUUGAAGGAAGCAGCUCCAUUAUUGAUGGCAGUUCAUUCCUACGCAGUUCUCCUGCUGCAGCCAGAGGCUCAUUGAGGAGCCAGUUCAUGAGAUCACGCGGCAGGGCCGAGUAA